GAGAGAAGACGAAGUAGUGGCGUGCUCGGCGAGGAGAGAGCAAGACAGCAUCUUGUCGUGUCAUGGAUGCUCUCUCGGAAAAUCAUCUGGGGUUAUGUACCUAAUCCCUGUCCACGCCAGAGCUCUUCCUACAGUAGCGUGUCAGUCAACGCCCCAGGUCAGUCAACGCCCCACCCCACCAACACAACAACACAACUUCAACGCGUCAUAACUCCACCAAUAUGGAUCCGAUUCAAGAAGCGAUUGAAUAUAUCGAAUCGCGCGAGCCAGGAGAUGAUUUCUCGUAUAACAAAGUUGCUGCCCAGUUUGGUGUUGAGCGCAGUACGCUCGCCCGAAGACACCAGGGUGUGCAGGAGCGGAAGGGCGUCUCCCAUCGAUCCCUACACCCAGAACACGAAGCCGAGCUUGUACGAUAUAUCGAAACGCUUACCGAGAGACGUUUGCCACCUACAAAAGUCAUGAUACAGCAGUUUGCCAGCCAGUUGGCUGGCAAACCGGUCUCCGAAAGCUGGGUUGCCCGGUUCCUCCGCCGUCAUCCCAACCAUCUCAUCUCUCGCUCGGGCAAAGCUAUGGCCAAGGAGCGUACAAAAGCUGAUUCAGGGGCAAAGUACAGCUUGUAUUUCAAGCUGUUACACGAAAAGAUGGAGGAGUACAACGUCCAACCGAUACAUAUAUUCAAUAUGGACGAAAAGGGGUUUCAACUUGGCCGGGUUGGUAGAACAAAUCGUGUAUUCAAUAAGAAGCUUUACGAGUCAAAAGGGCAGGAGAACACUCAGUAUUUACUACGUCAUCACCCUCCGGCUGGACCAACAACGAUAUUGGGUUAGCUUGGCUCAAACAGGUGUUUGACCGAGAAACUAGACGGCAUGCUUCAACUGGGUAUCGAUUACUACUCCUUGACGGCCAUGGAUCCCACGUAACCAUGGAGUUUAUUGAGUAUUGUAACGACAACAAGAUCCUCUUGUUUGUAUUACCCCCUCACGCUACUCAUACGCUUCAACCCCUGGACGUUUGACAGCCAGGGGUUACUCAAUUUGACCAAAGGAGACUUCUUCCCGCUCUUCUGGAGGGCUUGGGGUAACGUAUUCAAACCUCCACUCAUCAAGAAGUCGUUUGAAGCCACUGGUA